AUUGAAAAUCUUAUAUUAAGUCCAUUUCUCAUUUCGAAGAUGCUUUCUAUAACAUGUCUUAUGACAUUGGACAAUUUCAUAUAAGCGACAUCUCGCUUUAUGAACUGUGUAAAUCGCGCGCAGACGUCCUUCCCAAUCCAAAAUUCCCGAACCGGUUACACGAUCGCGGCACGAUCUCAGUGCCACGCGGUUAACAAGCAGUACACACGCGACUGCAUUCGUUAUAUUAUUUAAAUUAUAUAAUACCUAUACAUAUACAUGGGGCAAGAUCGCCAAAUAAUAUAAUAAAUCCGAAGAAAAAGUAACGCGGUGUUGAUAAAUUCGAGAACAAUAGAACGUAACAUCGUCAGGACGUCAGUUCUAACAUUGUUCUACGUUUUCGGACACGGAUACCUGGCGUCUAUUCCAUACAGCGCUGGUUCUUUGUGCCACGGCGCGGAUCACGUCCCACUCGCACACGGCACACAUCGCAUUCGUUUCGCUCGCACUCUCACAGUCACUCAUCAGCUGCCUCGUACGUAGGCUCGCUCUCUCCAUCGCCGUCUAAUAUCAGCGCUACGCGAUAUCUGCCGCUCCGAUAACUUUUUACUAUUAUAAUUUAUAAUAGUAUAUGAGUCACCAUUAGCCGUGAACCAGGUGGUUUUUCCAGACUCUUCAUUGCAGCCGAUACGAAACCUAGCCCUUCUCUAAAACCGCGAUCGCGUUCGUAUCAAUUAAAAAUGUUAAACUGUCUUGAUAAUGAUAACAAAAUACAAAUGAAACAGAAUAUUCAACUGCAUCGACAAAAACUUCUUCAAUUUUUAGAGAAAAUCAAUGAUACUGUUAUAAGGCCUAAAAUCAAAUUAGUUUCAAAUGAUAUAGAAAAAAUUGCAUCUACUACUGAGUUUCAAAAACCCAAACUCACCCAAUCAACCAUUAGUAUAAACAAAGAUAAAUCAAGGAUUCGCGUAAAACCACAUGAACCUGUGUUAAAUACUAAAGCAAAAAAUAUUGAAGAUUUAACAGGUAUUGAUGUAAAAAAAGGCAAAACCAGAUCAAGUAAUACCGUUAAUCAACUCCAACCAAACAACAAAAUAAAUAAACGAGAAGAGCCUUUAUCAAAUGUUAAAUUAAAACUAGAACCUCUAUCAAGUAUUGAAAUCAGAGACCCUAAACCUCCAGUAAUUGUAAAAAAACUAAAAGAGCAAUUAAUUGAAGAGCUGUUUGAUAGUUCAAGUUCUGAAGAAAUUGAUGAUGAUAUUUCUGUUGGAAAUAAUGACGAUUGGGAUGAAAUUUAUCAAACUCAUAAUGAAAAUAAUUAUGAGAAUGCGAUUUCUGCCGCCAGCAGCAAUUCAAGCCUUACAGGAGAUGUUCCAUAUGAUGAAUACAAACAAUUGGCUAUUGAAAAAAGUGAAAAAGAAUAUUUGUAUUAUAGUGGCGACAGUGAAAAUUCUGUAUUGAACAUCAACUACCCAACUACCGCAAAGAAAAGACGGACUAGAAAAAUAACGAUAUUAAAAAAACCUGAAUAUCAGCCUAAACACAGGUUUAGAAAACCUAUAGACAGGUCUAUACACAAUGCCAAAGAACGAGCUUGUCGAGAACGCAUAGCCAAAAGAUUUGAUAUCCUUAAAAAAUGUUGCAGUUAUUUGAACACUAAUAGACGUGUAGCAUCAAAGCAUAGCAUACUUUUGGCUGCUAAAAAAGAGUGUGAUUUGUUAUAUCAUUUUGAACAGAAAAUGGUUGCAGAAAAAAAAGUAUGGAGUAAAGCUAAUGAAGUUCUGAAGAAAAGGAUAGCUGAAUUCUAUCGCAAGAACUAUAAUAACAGAAAUUUAUCACGUUUAAAAUGAUUAUGUAUGACAAGCCAGGAAAAUAUUGUGGUAAUUUUGUAAAUGUAUAUUUCACACUGCACAAUGCAAUGUACCAACUUACUAUUUUUUGUAUUUGGUAGGUAUAUAAAAAAAUAUGUAUAUUUAUAUUUUUAUAGUAAUAGUUAAUAGAUUUUGAAAAUUUAUAAAUGUUAUAUCUGCAUAUUAUGUUGUAUAUACUAUACAUAUACAAAAUCAAUGUGUAAAUUUGUGGUUUGUGUUACACGUUUCUAACAACUACCAUUUUUUAAUAAACUUUUUUUUUAUAAAUUAAAACUGAAUAUUAAAUACAAUUUAUUUAGACAUAAAUAAAUUAUAUUUACUAAACUAAGCAUACAUUUGUGUGCUCUUUAUGAGAUUCUGUAUGUCACAGGUACUCGUUCAAAAUCUGUUGUACAUAUUUUAGAGGUCAAUUCCAUUUUAUGUAAUGAUUGAUUCGUUUUCGUAUUAUCGCACGCCCAAAAUAUUUUAAACGUAAACAUUCCUGCAAUGUUUUUAAUUUUAAGUUAUAACAUAUGUGAUGUUUUUUAAAUUAUAAUUAUAUUUUAUUGUGUAUUAUAAAUCAAAUAUUUUUCAUAAAAGUGUCCUUUAUCAUUUGAUCACAUAGUAUUUAAAACGUAAUCUAAAUCCUCUUCUUUUCAAUACUCAUAUUAUUUUAAGUGUCUUUAUUUGUCUUAUGCGCUAACCGGAAAACUAUUUUCCAUUGUAAAUUAUAGAGCAGAUAGGGCAAAUAUCUAUUGUAAUAACUAAUGACUAUGUAAUUGGUUGUAUUAGUUGUUAUGACAUACAUCAUCAGAAUAGUAAUACAAGCAAACAAUAAACCAUUUUUAUAUGUUAUAUUGUAGUUAAGUUUAGUAAAUUUUGUGCUAUUUUUGGAUACUACAUUAAGAUUUGAAAUAAAAACAAGAGACAGCUCAAUA